CCAGAAAUAUGGAGAAACUAGCCUCAGAAGGCAAAUGGACUUUUUAUGAAUCUCAUGCAUUGGCAAAAGACUGUGCAGAUCUAUACAUGAAAGGAAAGAGGAAGAAUGGAGUUUAUGAAAUUGAUCCAGAUGGCCAGGGCAGUUUCAAUGUUUUCUGUGAUAUGACAACAUCUAGUGGAGGUUGGACUGUGUUUCAACGUCGUCAAGAUGGAAGUGUAGACUUUUAUCGAGAUUGGAGGGAUUAUAAGAAUGGUUUUGGUGAUCUGAAAGGCGAAUUCUGGCUUGGAUUGGAUAAAAUAUACAGACUAACAUCAGCAAGGAGAAAUAAACUUCGUGUUGACCUUGGAGACUGGUCAGGAAACAAAGCAUAUGCUGAAUAUGAUUAUUUUGCUGUAGAGAAUGAAGCAAAUAAAUAUAAGUUGAGUCUUGGUGCAUAUUCUGGAAAUGCUAGCAAUUCAUUAUCUUGUCAUAAAGCCAAGGCGUUUUCAACAAAAGAUUCAAAUAAUCAUCAAAGUGCAGGAAACUGUGCCACUGACUGGAAAGGAGCUUGGUGGUAUUGUUAUGAUAACUAUUGUUAUGACUCUAACCUGAAUGGACACUACUAUAGUGGCAACCAAAACAAUUACAAAGGUGUGACUUGGCGACAAUGGAAAGGUGGUAAAUCCUUAAAGUUCACUGAGAUGAAAAUAAAACCAUAAAGAAUUUCCAAAGCUGUAAUGUCAUAAAUUUGAUCACUAUUUCUAAUGAAACUUUCAACAUAUAAUAACAAAAAAUAACUUUUAUGUCUUUUAAAGAUCCUUUAUAAUCAUUAUCAUUUAAAAAAGCGUUGAAAAAAUAAUUAAAAAUACUGUGGUGAAAUAAUAACUUUCUAAUAUUUUCGCUAAAAUUAGAGCUGAUUUAGGUAAUUAUGUGAUUCUAAUGUUAUGUCUUUUCACUCAUUUCUUUAAUGAGAUGUUGCUCUGUAUGUAGCUAAUUUUAUAUUUUCGCCUCGUUCCACGCAAUCUUGGUGUAUCAUGCAUUUCAUGCAAUUAUCUUACAUCAUUAUUCACUAU